AGUAAUUCGCUUUUCCAACGUAACGUUACUGUAGGUCCUCAAAUUUAGCACUGUUACACUAUAUGGAGAAUCAAGUAUCGAUGUAGCUGUAGGUCAAAGGUCAAAAUUAUAACGAAAACCAGACGUCUUCAGUCUUCCACGUGUCAGUCAGAGUAGAGGAGCGAUAGUUUCUUCACUUUCGGCGUCAUUCAGUGUAGAUAAUGGACGUAACUAACAAAGAACACACUAGCAAUGUUCUACAAGAGCUGAACAAACAGAGGGUGCGGGCAGAGCUGACGGACGUGGUUCUGGAGGUGCAGGGGAGAAGUUUCCCCUGCCAUCGCGCCGUCCUGGCAUCGUGCUGUCCCUACUUCCGUGGCAUGUUCACCAGUGGCUAUGCGGAGGCCAAACAGGAGAGAAUCCGCAUCCAGGAUGUGAGUGAGGUAGCCAUGGCAACCAUUCUGGACUACGCCUACACCGGAUGUGUUAAAGCGGAGCCAGACCAGGUCCAGGCUGUGAUGUCUGCAGCCAGACUGCUACAGGUGGAUUUUGUAGGUCGUAAGGCAGCAGAAUAUAUGAAGGACCAUCUGGACGUGUCCAACUGUGUGGAUGUUUGGAUGUAUGCUGACAUGCUGGCAGACUGUGGCCUUGUCAAGGCCAGUAAGAAGUAUGUGGCAUCCAGGUUCGACCAGGUGGCUCUACAACCAUCCUUUGUCCAGUUGCCUCUGAGCCUCCUCCAGUCAUUGCUUGACAAGGAUGAUCUAAUGACCAACUCAGAAGACAAUGUUGUGCAAGCUGCUCUAAGAUGGGUCGACUUCAACCAAGAAGAGCGUUUGCAGCACCUUUCUACACUUUCUAAAUCAUUACGUCUGUCUCAUAUCAGCCCAGAACUGCGUGUUGAAAUUGAGAGAAAGUGCCCGUCGACAGACAGCAAGUUAGUUUACAGUGACAGUACAGCCCAGCGGCUGGGACAUGCGCGAACUGAACUGCAGAUCUUCUUGAGAGAAUGUGACUUUGAUCAUGACGUCUUCCAGUCUACCCCUUGCUAUGACCCUUCCACAGGUCGACUAUAUGAAAUUGAUAUGCCUGAGAAACUGGACAGCUUCUCUAGAUCUGUGACAGUAGCUCCUGAUGAUGAGCUGUACAUGGCAGGUGGCAUUAUUGCCAGUAGAAGAAAAAAGGAUAAGGGUAAAAGGCAGAAAAACUUUUACCAGUAUAACCACCUCCUAAACACUUGGGAACCAAGGUGUGACAUGAUUACACCCAGAGCCAGGUGUGGUCUGGUGUAUCUGAAAGGGUACAUCUAUGCCAUUGGUGGUGAUGAAACCAGAAAAACAGCAGAGAGGUAUGAUCCAAGGUGUGAUGAGUGGACGUCCAUACCACCCAUCCCUCGCCCCAUGUCCACGAAACUCUGUGCGGUGACUCUUGAUGACAAUAUCUAUGUCAUAAGUAACAAAGGCUGCUACAGCUUCAGUACCACCAAAAACAAGUGGAAGAAGAUAGCGAACAUGCUUCAAAAACCACUGUGUCCUCAGGCCGUCACCUAUCGGGGGCGCAUCUACUGUAUAGACUGCGGCAAAGACAGUGACUCUUCUACAAUAGAGAUGUACAACCCUACAACACGUCAGUGGAAGCAGUCUGGCAAUGGCUCUUACUACUUUGACACAGCAACCCUGAUGAAAUAUGGAGAGACUAUGUACCUCCUCACCAUACACAACAGCGAAGUUGAUGUAGAAGAAUUGGGUCCAGAUGAAUUGGCACUAACUGCGACUCGCAUUUACAAGUACCAGCCAGAGACAGACUCUUGGCUGGAAAUAAAAGACAGGGGCAGUCAGGUUCCCCGCUUGGCAGAGUGGUUUGGUUAUGGGUGUAGAACGGACUGUCUGACAGCUAGCAUGAUCCCAAUGUGCCUUGGGGAUCGAACGGAGUACAGUUUAACUUUUGAUCAUGAUGGUAGAGAUCACAGUGGCUUCUGGUUCUCAGAGUCACCCAGAAGUGGCAUCUCAUAUGGGGACAGUGAUGAUCUAUUGGACUCAGAGGAAAAUGAUGAAGACAUGAUCAUCUAUUUCUGAGAUGCCAGAAUAAUCUGAUGGUUCUUUAUCUGGUUGAGUCACCAUACAGAAGAUCUUGAUACAGCAAUAGAGAGGUCUUUGCAACACUUUCUUAUUGCUAUAAGUAAGAUCCACACAAACAUGCUACUCCUGAUGCUUUAAACACAUUCCCAACGUUACCAACAAAAUACUGGCCAGGUGUGAAAUGUUGUGACACUGAUACCUUGAAUGUGGAAAGAUAUUGAGAAGUUGGAAAAUCCAGUCAAAUUAAAGCCUUGUAUUUCAGAUUCUAGAUGACCAUUAGCUUGUGUUGUAGGUCCCAGCAUAGAAUAAAGUUGAUGAAGCUGUACUAGCAAAUAUAGAUCUAUCAACAGUGAAUAACAUAAGGGUAGUUAAUAAAUAUUAUUAAGCAAAUAUUAUUAAGCUAGCUGUUUACUUGGUUGUUGUGCAACAAUAUCUACUUUUAUAAUGUGACUUGAUAUAAACCCAGUAACAUUACAUGAUGUCCGCACAUGUAGCUACUUUCAAGGCAAUGACAUUGUAUUACUUAUAGGAUAUGUUUUAAAGAAAAAUUUCUGCACCGCGCGCCCCCGCAUUACAAUGCAGAAACGGGGGCAGUUUGCUAUGCCUACUAGUAGGCACAAUGUCUUCUAUUCACUAUCAUUAAAUGUGGAGAAAUAAAGCCAUUUACUAACCCCAAGUUGUACUGGCUGUUUUCUAGAUAACUGACCUGGAGCGUAGUCUGGGUUGAUUGUGUGAAAUGGCUGGUCCCUCCCUACCCAGACCCUUUGCUGUAUGUGAAACAGAUGUCCCUCCUUCCCACAUUCUAACCCCAUGUGAAGUGAAUGGUCUCUCUUCCCAGAACUCGAACUCCAUAUGAAAUGGUUGGUUCCUUCUUUCCAUACCAUUGCUUCCAUGGUCGGUCCCAGAACCUUUAACCUCAUGUGGAAAAUUUCCCCCUCCCGGAUUUCUACCUUCCCGGACCUUUAACCUGAUAUUUAAUGGACGGCCCCUUCUUAGAUCCUUCAGCACCUCUUUUGCCCAAUCCUGGUGAUUAUUAUCAUUAUUACCCAUUGAAAUUGAUGUUCCCUCCCUUGCCUGACCCUGAGUGAAAUUAGUAUAAGCAGGAAAUUCCUAUAAAGCACUUAUGUUAUACGUUGUGCUUUUUUCAAUGUCCGUUAAACAUGUGUGAAUAAGAUAAGACCUGAGAUUGAGCCAUACCGAGAGAGUCACUGCAUUUCGAUUUUCCAAC